AGACAAAUUGGGCCCGUGGCGAUGGACUUUGACGGCUCAGACCCUCUUCUCUCGUGGUGUCUAAAUUCCACCUGUGGCUGAGGCAGUGGAUUUAUGGGAAACGAGGAACGGGAGGGAAUCCCAGUACCAACUGGAGUAUUCGGUUUCACUACGAAGAGAAGAAGAGAAAAAAAGAAGAAGAAUAGUAGAAGGUAGGAAAAGAAGAAGAAAACUGACUACAAAUCUGCGUUCAUCUUCGUUUUAUUAUGUUUUUCCUGUUCAAUCCUUUCUGUUUCCUUACCGCCCGCCAUAGUCACUCACACUCACACUCACAUUCACGUUUCUGCUCCUUCAGGCAAGCAGUCGCGGUCAAUCCGCAUUGCUGUUCUUUCCCCAUAAUUGAUGGACUGAUCUCUGGAUCGACCAUCGGGGCAACAACACGGCCGGGAAUGAUGCAAUUAAAUCAACCUUCCUUCUUGCCCUACUGACUGACUGACUG